AUGGCUUUCAACAUCUCCACAUUGCUCGCCUCCGGUUCUGAACAGUCUCAAGCGGUUCACUCCAUUGAGAUGAACACCGAAGAGGGCUCAUCGACGGAUGAGAAGGAAAUUGUGGAUGUUCUUACGCAUCAUGCUGGUGAACACGAAUGGAUGCAGCCCGGUAGGACCGACGUCGAGACAGCGUCCUACGGAAAUGCGUUAUCGCAAUGGAACAACUUAGCGUCCAGCCAACUUGCUAUGUAUGCGAUCGCUCACGACAUCAAAACUCCAUCCCUUGUCGAAUUACAAAUGCUGCUGGGUAUGGGAGCUCGUAAACACGACUACAAACGGUCUAGGAAAGCGAUAGGAGAACGCAAGCCACGGCAAGCUUACACCGCUAGACAACUUGAAAAGCUGGAAUGUGAAUUUCAGACAGACAAGUACCUUAGCGUGCAGAAGAGAAUACAACUUUCAAGAAGCUUAAAUCUAACCGAAACACAGAUCAAAACCUGGUUUCAGAAUCGAAGAACAAAAUGGAAAAAGCAACUAACUACUUCGAUUAGAGAGCUCUAUAGGGAUAGAGUGGUUCCGUCGCUGGCACUUCUGCAACCUGUUCCACCUCUUGAUCCUAAUCUGGUCGCACCUUCAGUAUCAGUUUCAUACAAUGACUUUCCUGCACAUUGUAUAGCAGAAACGCAAAGUAAUCCUGAACAUCAGCCGGUUCCCUCACAGAUCUGA